AUGCGCCGUCUUUUACAACUGCUUGAAGACGACCGUGACCAUAGAGAUAGAAAAGAGAGAGCUCUAUGGCCUUCUUUCUAUCCCUACGAUAGCCAGUACUAUUUUCGAGAGAUAAUAGUAUUACAGAUUUUUCAUACUCUGUCCCUGUCUGCACGACACAACUUCUGGAGCGGAGAAUUAAGGGGCUUUUACCAUGGAGAUAGGAAGGUAUAGAACCGUGUUACUGCCCCUCCUCUUUAAAAUGGUCAAUGGCGGCCAUCUUCAUCUGCUUUUCAAUUGAUACCGGAAGUAUAGCCUUUGUGUGUCGCUCUAAUUUUUCAGAUGACCUUCUUGUCUCUAGGACAUAUUACGAAAGGGCAGAGCGGGAAGAGGACUGCGCAAGCGCAAUAG